UUCACUCGGCAUACACAGUAGCACACACCUAUCAUCCAUCGUAUCUUCCGCACGCAUCCUGCUCGUUCUCGGCUCCGUUGUCCGCGCGUAAGAGCGCUUUAUGGUGGCGCACAGCAUGGCAACCCUGCACCUGAAAGGCUUCGACUCCUCGCCGCACCUGUGUGUGGUACUGCUGAUGAUCGCCUCGGUUUGGAUGGCAUGCACCGGACCUGUACACGGCGGCGACUCCGGGAGGUUGGCGUUGCACCGGAUUGACGGGGCGGACCGCGCGCUGGACAGCGGCGAUGGCGUCACGGACGGCGGAUCGGUGGAAGGGGGAGCGAUUCUGGAGCAUUUGUCCCGUUUGAGGAGAGCGGCGACGUCCCAGGGCAGAGUGUCCCCCCUGCUGAGCAGCUCCUCGUUCGUGCUCAAGGGAGAUGCCACGCACAACCAGGCGAUGGUCCACUGGACGGGGGAGAACAGCAGCGUCAUCCUCAUACUGACCAAGUACUACCACGCAGACUCCUCCAAAGUGCUGGAGAGCUCGCUCUGGAGGUCGACAGACUAUGGCACCACCUACACAAAGCUGAACCUGAUGCCCGGGACAACCAUCGUUGUGACCAGCUUCUACAUCUGCCCCACCAACAAGAAGAAGGUGGUGCUGGUGAGCUCGUCCAUUAACGAGCGUGACCAGAUGUUGUUCAUCAGCGCUGACGAGGGCUCGUCCUUCCAGCGGCAGCCUGUCUCCUUCACCCCCGACAUGCUGCUCUUCCACCCCAAGGAGGAGGACAAGCUGCUGGCCUACUGCAAGGAGGGCAGGCUCUACGUCUCCACCGACCUGGGACGCAAGUGGAUUCUCCUGCAGGAGAGAGUCACCAAGGACAAGAUCUUCUGGUCUGUGUCGGGGGUGGACGUGGACCCAGACCUCGUGCACAUGGAGAUGCAGGACUCCAGUGGAGGUUACCUCUAUGUGACAUGCCUCAUCCAGAACUGCUCAGACAAGAUGGUGACGGCGCAGUUCCUGGGGAAGAUCGACCACAACUCGCUGCUGGUGCAGGACGACUACAUCUUCGUCAAGGUUACCAGCGGCAACCGCACCAAGCACUACGUGUCACAUCGACGCACUGAGUUCGUCCAGAUGAGGUUCCCCAAGUACGCUCUGCCAAAGGACCUCCACAUCGUGAGCACCGAUGAGAGCCAGGUGUUCGUGGCGCUGCAGGAGUGGUACCAGACGGACACCUACAACCUGUACCAGUCGGACCUUCAGGGCGUGUACUACUCGGUGGUGCUGGAGGACGUGCGCAGUACCAAGCAGCCCGAGGAGAGCGUGCUGGUGGACGUCCUGGAGGUGCGCGGCAUCAAAGGUGUGUUCCUGGCGAAUCAGAAGAUCGACGGGAAAGUGCGGACCCUGAUCACCUACAACAAGGGGCGGGACUGGGAUCACCUGGCCCCGCCCAUCAAAGACAUGAACGGCCGUGCAGUCAGCUGCAAAGCGCCCGACUGUCACCUUCACCUCCACCUCCGCUGGGCGGACAACCCCUACGUCUCGGGGACCGUCCACACCAAGGACUCGGCCCCCGGGCUCAUCAUGGGGGCUGGUAACCUAGGCUCCAAGCUGGUGGAGAACAAGGAGGAGAUGUACGUCACGGCCGACUGUGGGAAGACGUGGAGACAGGUGUUUGAGGAGGAACAUCAUAUCCUGUACCUGGACCACGGCGGGGUUAUCGUGGCCAUCAAGGACACCUCCAUCCCCCUGAAGAUACUCAAGUUCAGUAUUGACGAGGGUCAGACGUGGUCGGUCCAUAACUUCACCAGCACCUCUGUGUUCGUGGACGGGCUGCUGAGCGAGCCGGGGGACGAGACGCUGGUCAUGACUGUGUUUGGCCACAUCAGCUACAGGUCGGACUGGGAGCUGGUAAAGGUGGACUUCAGGCAGUCUUUCUCCCGGCAGUGUACAGAAGAGGACUACGACCCCUGGACCCUCACAGACCUGCAGGGGGACAAGUGCAUCAUGGGACAGGAGCGGUCGUUCCGGAGGCGGCGGGAGGGCGCCUUCUGUAUAAAAGGGAAGAGCUACACCUCCGCCCUGACUAGCAAGCCGUGCGGCUGCACAGAGAGGGACUUCAACUGUGACUAUGGAUUUGAGCGCUCCCAGGUUCUGAAGGCCGAUGGCAGUCAAUGUUUUGCGGACUUCUGGCACGACCCCGACGCCCCGCCCGACACCUGCCACCUGGGACAGAGCUACGAGUCCAGCACCGGGUACCGAAAGAUGAUCUCCAACGUGUGCGAGGGCGGUGUGAACAAGCAGCAGAGUGCCAAGCAGCAUGCCUGCCCUCUGCUGCCGCCCAGGGGCCUGCAGGUGGGCAUCAAGGGGCAGAUGUUGGCCGUGGCGCCCGGUGAUGACAUCACCUUCAUCGUCCACCAGGAACAGGGCGACACCAGCAGCACGCGCUACCAGGUGGACCUGGGCGACGGCGUGCGGACCAUCUACCAGAACCUGACGGUGACGGACGAGCCCAUCCAGCACCGCUACGAGGCCCCCGGCGUCUACCGGGUGGCCGUGAAGGCCGAGAACAUGGCCGGCCACGCCAGCGCCACCAUGUACAUCCAGGUCAUAGCCCCUCUGCAGGAAGUGCACCUGGAAGUGGGUCCGAUCGCCGGGAGGAACCAGCAGGUCAACCUCACGGCCACGGUGCUCCCCGUCGAGGCCAACCUCACCGUCUUCUACUGGUGGAUCGGAGACAGCCUCCAGCCCCAGCUCUCCCUGGAGAGCAGCAUCCUGACGUGGUUCCCUGAGGCGGGGGAGGUGAGCGUGACGGUGCAGGCCUCCAACGGCCGCUCCAUGGUGCAGGACUCCCGGAGCGUCAGGGUCUACGACAUCUUCCAGGUCAUCCCGCUGAGCUUCAGCCCCAACCUGGACGGCCUCAACCCCAACAUCCCCGAGUGGAGAGAGGACAUCGGCCAGGUGGUCACCAAGCUGCUCACCAAGAUCACAGGCAUCCCAGAGGAGUCGCUGGUCACCAUGGUGAAGCCAGGACUGCCCACCACAGCCAACCUGUACAUCGUACCGCUGGAGAGCAAGCCAGUCACCAAGAGUGUGUUUGUAGAUAAGAGAAUCCCAGCCAUCAUCCAGGCGUUCAGCGACCACAACGUCAGCUUCGUGGUGCGUGGAGGGGUCAAGGUUCUGGUGAUGCUGGCCGACCCAAACGCAGGACUCGGCCUAGUUGCUAGUGAGUCACCAGACACCACGACGGAGAAUGGUUACCACGGGGCCGCUGGGGGCCCGGGGCUUUGGGCCCUGGCCGUCGUCCUGCUGAUCAGCCUCCUGGCCUCAGGGUCGUUCAUCCUGUACAAGUUCAAAAGUCCUUGGCUGAGGACUGAGGACGCCUACCCUCCGCUGUUUUUCAGGAAGCUGCCGGGCAGCCGCAACGUGUACGCCCAGAUGCACAACGAGAAGGAGCAGGAGAUGACCAGCCCCGUGAACCACAGCGAGGACACGCAGCACAUCAUCCAGGGGGAGGAGUUCAUCGACGACGACCUGGACGCCCAGACGCUAGGUAACGCAGGAGGAGGUAGUCCCGCCUUCCGUGCCCUUAUAAGGACUACGACUAACCACUGCUACUAGACACGCCCACAGGCCACUAACACCACCAGCUAACACACACCAAGGCAAUCAUUCGGGCGUGGUCCUGAGCGUAAACUCCAGAGAACUGCACAGCUACCUGACCAGCUGAUGGCUGCCACGGCAGUGUGCUAACCGAGCUACGUUAGCCUAGCCUAGCCGGCUAAUGAGCACAGAGACUUCCACACUCUGCCUUCCUCUUUUUAAUGGCCCACAAUGCACCCCGAGUGGCGGGGAGGGGUUCUUCCUUGCUCUACGUCCCACCCAAUCACAGCUUGACUCACACAUUCACCCACAGAGCACUUCUAGUAAUCUCGUAGUGCCGCUUUGCUAGCAGAGCCUAGCAAUAGUUUCACACCAUUCCCUGUUCUCCGCACCCUCGUCUCUCUCCUUCAACAGCGGUGGUUGAGGUUAGAGGCGGGGAUUGAAGGAAAUGCACUUCUGCUUCUGUCUUUUAGCUGCGUCUUUGUCGAGGGCCUUGCGGGCACACACACAUGAACACACGUUAUCCUUAGUCACUGUUACCAUAGAUCCCGAAUCACUAUCACAGGUAAUGGACUUCAGGAUUCUGUCCAUGGCAGACUACAAAGUCAAAGCCACACCAAGUAGAUGUGGCCAAAAAUUAGCAUGGCCAGCUUCUGUCCCCGGCGAUUUUGCUGUCGCACAAAAGUUGUAGUGUAUUUUACGUUUUUAACGACUUGACCAGGAUUUUCGUUCUAUUUUUCAUACUAUUCUUACACACUUUCAAGCUCAUUAUGUACAUUUUCGUGUCACUGUCGUUCUGUCUCCUGAAAUGACUGUGUACUCUCACUGUUUUAAGGCAAUAAUAUUCUUUCUGAAAGAAAGAAAGAAAGAAAGAAAGAAAGAAAGAAAGAAAGAAAGAAAGAAAGAAAGAAAGAAAGAAAGAAAGAAAGAAGGAGAAAUACAUUUUGUUAAAUGUUUUGAGGUUUUCAUGAGUUUCAAGACGGAGAAAGUAGGGUAGCAACUAAGUCAGAGCUAAAUAAGCAGAACUUGACAGGGGGAAAGGAUUAUUUACAACAAGUAUCCAACCUUAAGUUUAGCCACACUGCUAAGAGAUAGACAUCAUUUUGUAGUUUUGUGUGUAACCGUGUGUGCGUGUCGAUAUCAAGAACUAGUCUGGAAUCAUAUUUAAAGAUUUUUGUCUGUUUGUAGUUCAUCUUUUUUAUUUAAACGCAAGUCAGAUCUCAAACCAAUCGAAAAAUGUAACUUUUGACAACAUCACAGGUUAAUUAACACAUCCAGACUAUCCCUUAUAAAGUUAAUUUGGCAUGGUUUAGAGCUGCCAUUCAUUCUACAACAUAAACGUUGGUCCCAUGGUGCCUAAAAAGGCGGAUUUUGAAUCUGCCCCAAGACAUAACCUGUGCUCGUUUCGUAUUUAUUCCUUCAUUAAACCAUAUGACCCGUCCGCCCACACAGUAACUUGUCAGGAGUUCAAAGGUAUACUGGUUCCCCAGGAGUCGAGGAUUGGUGUCUCCGAAGAGGCGUGGUUGGGAUUUACACUGUAUAAGCCUAUAUUAGGCAUUGUCAGGGCGGCAAUCUUGUCUCCGUAAGGAUUAGAUUUUCUUGUGUGUGUAUGUGGGUGUGUGUGUACAUAAAUAUGUAAAUAGAACAAUCUUCAAUUGUAAAUAUAACUCCCUUGAUGUGUGACUAUUUUUCACUAAUACCAAAAUGCUUUUUUUGUUUGCAUUGUUUGCUUUUCUGCGUAAUCUCGCAUCGAUCCGAACAACUUUUCAAACUCGCAAAGAGGUUUGGGGACAUUUUCGACAAGAACUUUUAAUUGUCACAUUUGAGGAAACAGAUAUCUGUCAUUGGUCAGUUCAAGUGUAUUGACAGCUCACUGUGUCUCAGCUCCUUUCCUGUUCAACUUUCAAUGUAGAAUUCUGACUGGAGUAUAUUAGGAUUCUCACUUGAAGUAGCUCUUCGUUGAAUCAGAGCGUGGCGAAUCUUUCACUUAGCUGACACGGUUAUUUCAACGUGGUUGCCUGCUUUACACAUGUUUUUAUUUCAGCAUAAUAUGUCCAAGAAAAUGUCUUGGAUUGUCAACUGCUUUUUAUUGUGGUUCAUCAAGUUUUAUCAUCACUAUACAUCUAUAGUCACAUACACACAGUGAUAUCAAGUUACACAAAUAUUUUUGAUACACAACUGUCAAAUGCCUUUUUUUUUUCUUAUGUCUUUUACAGAAGUUUAACGUCUGUUGGUUUGUUUGCACUAAUUAUAUAAUCUGUGAUGUAUUGAAGGUGUAUUAUAUAUUUUGGCUGCAAAAAAGCUGCCACUACAAAUCCAGGCAAUAACGGCACAGGACCAUAAUGGUGAUCGACUCAAAGGCUGCAUUCCAAUACUCUGUUACCUUUCUUCCCAAAAUGUCAAGAUGCUCUCAAAUGACGGAGAAGCUGCCUAAAGCUACUGACGAGUCUUCCUUGGACCAAAGUUCCUUGACUGCGUCCUUAGACAUACUGUUCACUGAUGUAAGUUAUUUUAGUCUAUGCUUCUUUUGAUGACAUGUUUCAAGCUAAAAACAAUUAUGAAUUGUUUCUUCUCCACGUAGUGGACAACACAGUAUAUGGUUUUAUGAGUUUGUAAGUUAAAUACUACAAUCAUGGCCUCCUUGCCAUUUGCACCAAAGCCAAAACAGACCAAAGGUUUACCUGGGUCAAUUAGAACCUGUGGGUGUGGCUUAUUUACCAUUCCGCCCACUUCCAGUGAAGGUUGUGGUUGGGCCCAGAUCACCAACAAGUAGAUUCCACACUGGCACUUUACUCCAGCACGAUUAAUCAACGAUCAUGCUUUGUCUCCCUAAAGGUGUGAUAAACAAGCAAAAGGAAGUUGGAUUUUUUGGAAUGCAGCCAUAGUCGAUAGAGGUGAACAUCUUGACGCAUUAUUGGGGCCAUGCUGUACUUCACUGUUCAUUGCGCACCUGAGAAAACAAACAAUAGAUCACUCGUGUUUCACAUCGUGUUGAACAUAUUUUGUACAUAUUCUGCUGUUGGUUGGCUUCGUGGUGUCGUAUGUUGUUAGGACAUCAGUCCAGCAAGGCCACACCAGGGGGGUGGUGCAGUGGGGGGUAUAACAGCAUCCCGAUGUUGGCUUUUUUUGACCUCGCCACUGAUGCUACAGAAUUUUUUUUUGAUUUUAUUUUCGUUUUGCUUUUUAUAUUGCUUUACUUUUUUUUUGUUGUUUUUGUUUUGUUUUUGAUUGAAGGAAGUGUUGUGCACUUAACCUGCAUUCCGGAAUUAAAUCACUCCCACAACUUCA